AAGUCGACACACACUGUUAGUGAAAUUAUGACCACUGAGUAAAGUACCUACGAGUCAUCAUCAUUCGCAUCUUCAUGUAUUUAAAGAGUUAAUUCAUACACCAUACAAGAAAACGAAAGAACAAUUAAUUAAUAUAUGUUCUUCAGAUUUCAAUCAGGGAACUAGAUGAUGCUCUUUUGGGUCGAUUUGAUUUUGUUCAGUGGCUUUUGGGUGUUUGGUUUCUCCAAUCCAGAUGGUUUCUUAAGUUUGUCCUGUGGCGGCUCAAGUUACACUGCGGCUUAUAACAUCUCCUGGGUUUCAGACAACGACUAUAUCCAAACGGGUAACACUAGCAUGGUUACGUACAUCGACAAGAAUUCUACUUUCAGUGUUCCCGUUAGAUUCUUCCCGGAUACUCAUGAUCGCCAAUGUUAUAAGGUUCCUGUGACAGAGAAGGACUUGUCCUCGGUUCUGAUUCGGGCUACAUUCGUUUAUAGAAACUAUGAUAGCCAGAACAGCCCUCCAGCAUUUCAUGUCUCUCUUGGAAGGAGAAUCACUACUACUGUUGAUCUUAGAACCAAUGAUCCUUGGAUUGAAGAGUUGGUUUGGCCGGUCAACAAUGAUUCUCUUUUGCUUUGUUUGCUUGCGAUUAAAGGGAGAGGCAUUCCGGUUAUCUCUUCUCUAGAAGUACGGCCACUUCCUUUUGGUGCUUACAGAAACAGCCUGGAAGGUUCAACCAAUAUAAUUCUCAGGAGGAGUUACCGAAUCAAUAGCGGAUACACAAAUGGGACUAUCCGGUACCCUUUAGAUCCGUUUGAUCGAAUAUGGGAUCCGGAUCAAAGUUUUGCACCGUCUCACGCCUCUUCGACUUUCAGUAGACUCACAAAACUGACUUCCUUUAACAUUACUGAGAAUCCGCCAGCUUCUGUUCUUCAGACUGCAAGAAUUCUUGCUCGUACAGACAGUCUCUCGUAUAAGCUUCCUCUACAUACACUAGGGGACUACUACAUUGUCCUAUACUUUUCUGGGAUACUCUCACUCUCCCCUUCUUUUAGUGUGAUGAUCAACGGUGAAGUCAAACAAUCUGAUUACACAGUGACCAGUUCGGAAGCUAAAACUUUGUACUUUACGCAAAACAGAAUCAGUACGUUAAACAUCACCUUAGGCAAAAUCAAGUUCAGUCCUCAGGUGAACGCUCUUGAGGUGUAUCAAAUACUCCAAAUCCCUCCUGAAGCUUCUUCUACCACAGUUUCAGCACUUAAAGUCAUAGAGCAAUUUACCGGGCAAGACCUUGGAUGGCAAGACGACCCAUGUACUCCGCUUCCUUGGAACCACAUAGAAUGUGAAGGAAACCUCGUUACAUCACUGUUUCUUUCACAAAUCAACCUGAGGUCCAUUAGUCCAACAUUUGGAGACUUGCUCGAUCUCAAGACACUCGACUUACAUAAUACAUCACUUACUGGAGCAAUACAGAAUGUAGGCAGCCUCCAGCAUAUCCAGAAACUGAAUUUGAGCUUCAAUCAGUUGAAAUCUUUUGGCUCUGAACUGGAAGAUCUGGCCAACCUUGAAGUUCUGGACCUGCAAAACAACAACUUACAAGGAUCAGUUCCUGAAACAUUAGGAAAGCUGGAGAAACUUCGUCUCCUGAAUCUAGAAAACAAUAACUUAGUAGGCCCCUUGCCACAGUCUCUUAACCGAACGGGUCUGGAAGUCAGGACAACGGGAAAUCCAUGCCUUUCGUUCUCAUCACUAUCAUGCAACAAUGUGUCUUCAACAAUUGACACACCACAAGUUACUAUCCCUAUCAAUAAGAAACACAGGAAGCAGAACCGUAUAGCGAUCUUGCUUGGAGUUUCUGGUGGGGCCUUGUUUGCCACCUUCCUCGUCUUUGCUUUCAUGUCGAUCUGCACGAGGAGACAGAGAAACAAAGAGAGAGAGAUAACCAGAGCACAACUGAAGAUGCAGAACUGGAACACUUCAAGAAUCUUUUCUCACAAAGAGAUCAAGUCAGCUACUAGGAAUUUGAAGGAAGUAAUUGGUCGUGGAAGUUUUGGAGCUGUAUACCGUGGAAAGCUACCAGAUGGAAAACAAGUAGCGGUCAAAGUGCGAUUUGAUAGAACUCAACUUGGAGCUGAUUCUUUUAUCAAUGAGGUGCAUAUUUUGUCACAGGUCCGCCACCAAAAUCUAGUAUCCUUUGAGGGCUUCUGCUACGAACCAAAACGGCAGAUACUGGUGUAUGAGUAUCUGUCUGGUGGAUCAUUAGCUGAUCAUCUUUACGCAGGUCCACGUAGCAAAAGGCUGUCAAUGAACUGGGUUUCAAGACUAAAAGUUGCAGUUGAUGCUGCAAAAGGAUUGGACUACCUGCACAAUGGAAGUGAGCCGAGAAUUAUACAUCGGGAUGUAAAGAGCAGUAACAUACUUCUGGACAAGGAUAUGAACGCAAAAGUUUCAGACUUUGGCCUGUCAAAACAAUUUACAAAAGCAGAUGCAUCUCAUGUUACUACUGUCGUUAAAGGCACUGCAGGCUACCUUGACCACGAAUAUUACUCAACCCUGCAGCUGACAGAGAAAAGUGAUGUAUAUAGCUUUGGUGUGGUCCUGUUGGAGCUCAUCUGUGGAAGGGAACCCUUAAGUCACUCAGGAUCACCAGAUUCUUUUAACUUGGUCUUAUGGGCUAGGCCAAACUUACAAGCAGGAGCAUUUGAGAUUGUGGAUGAUAUCUUGAAGGAUACAUUUGAUCCAGCGAGCAUGAGAAAAGCUGCUUCGAUUGCUAUAAGAUGUGUGGAGAGAGAUGCAUCUGGCAGACCGUCUAUUGCAGAAGUUUUGACUAAACUGAAAGAAGCGUACAGUCUUCAACUCUCAUAUCUAGCUGCUUCAGCACAUACAUACUGAUAACGCACCACAAACAAGAGUAAAAAAUAUACUUGUUAUACAUUUUUGUUUGUUGUUUGUGUUACAAAGUUUUGUAAGCCAACUCAAAAUGUAUUUACUCUCAUACUAACUACCUUCUAUCACUAGAACAAGGAUAU